UGGACCAGGCUGAGAUGUUCAGUAGAGAGGGCGCGAGCACAGUGACAGUAGUCUCCCAGUGGAGGACAGCACCUCUUCGAAUUGAACCAAAACAACAAGCUUCUCUACCAGGAGAGGACGCUGCAGGACACGGGGGGCAAUGACAGCUGGAUCAACAACAAGACAUUUACCCAGAGCAGGUUAAUAAAGUGUCUACUCUCACGUGGUAUCUGCGUGUCCCUCCUGUUCACCUUGCAGCCCCUCACUGGAGAGAAGUCUGAAGGAGGAGGGCUCAGCCUCUCUGCCCCUGCCCAGCCAGCCACUAUGGAGCCUUCUCUGCAGAAACCCACAAUGAGCUGUGAUAGUGGACUGGUGGAGAGGAACAUUGCUGGAGCUGACCCAGAGGGGAUGUGGGACAGUGGGGCCAUGGAUCCACCUGAAGAGGAGGGCCGCACCUUCAUGCAGGUUCUCAGCGAGAAGUACAGCCCAGAGAACUUCCCGUACCGCCGAUGGCCUGGCAUGGGUGUGGUGGUAGUGCCAACUCUCCCACAGGGCUCGCCCAUGAAAGAUCGUUUGAACCUACCCAGUGUGCUCGUCCUGGCUGGCUGUGGAAUCAGCCAUGCGGGAGAGCAGAGAGAGAUCGCAGCCUUCUGUGCCCAUGUGAUGGAGCUCGACCUGUCCCACAACAAGCUCCAGGACUGGCAUGAGAUCAGUAAGAUUGUGUCAAACAUCCCCAAUCUGGUCUUCCUCAACCUGAGCUCCAACCCGCUAAGUGAGGUUGUCUUGGAGCCUAGCGGUGCUAAGGCCUUUGCCCGAGUCCGACGCCUGGUCCUCAACAACACUCAAGUGUCCUGGAACACGGUGCUCGUACUAACACGGGAGAUGCCUGAGCUGGAGGAGCUGUUCCUGUGCCUUAAUGAGUACACCACCGUGUCAGCCUCUACUGUGCCCUGCCCCACACUGCGCCUGCUGCACAUCACCGACAACAACCUGCAGGACUGGGCCGAGGUGCGCAAGAUUGGCCCCAUGUUCCCUGGCCUGGAAACUCUGGUCAUGGCCAACUGCAACCUGAGCUCCAUUCAGGACUCGGAAGACAUGCUGCGGCACCUCUUCCCCAACCUACGCAGCAUCAAUCUGCACAACUCAGGUCUGAACCGAUGGGAGGACAUAGAGAAGCUGAACCAGUUUCCUAAACUGGAAGAUGUGAGGCUGCAGGGGAUUCCUUUACUGCAGACCUAUACCAACACAGAGCGCCGGAGCCUCAUGGUCUCACACCUGCCCUCUGUAUCAUCACUCAAUGGCAGUGUGGUGACGGACGGGGAGAGAGAGGACUCCGAGAGGUUCUUCAUCCGUUACCAUGUAGACUACCCAGAGGAGGAGCUUCCUUACAGGUACCACUGCCUGGUGACCAAAUACGGGAAGCUGGAACCCUUGGCUGAGAUCGACCUUCGACCCCGCUGCCACGCCAAGGUGGAGGUGCACUGCGAGGACAAGGUGGAAGAGGUGAGUAUCCGCCUGGACCAGACCGUGGCCGAGCUGAAGAAACAGCUGAGGACAGUGGUGCAGCUGUCGGCCAAUCAGAUGCGUCUUUACUACAUCGACAAGGAGAGUGUAUUUGGGCCAGAGGAGAUGAAGUACCACACCAGAGCCCUCCACUCCUACAGUAUCCAGGACGGGGACGAACUCCUGGUGGUGCCUAAGGCUGGCCGAGGGACUACCACCACUGUCAAACCACUAUCAAACCUUAACUCCAAAACCUUAACUCCCCCACCAUAGAAAUAUAAUUACUAGAACGGUCCACCUAUCAUGGCACAUUGACUUGAAUGGGGAUGCAGUUCUAGUAAUUAUAUUUCUAUGCUCAUACCCUUCCCCAUCCUAAUCUUGUAUGAAGAACUCCCUGCACCCCUCCUCACGCACAUCCUAUGUUUUACAUUCAGUGUGGGACACACUAUCAGGAAUAACAGCGACUCUGACUGAUUCUGACUGGCUUUGUUGUGUUUCACCUCACUGCACCACACAUGCACACACACCAACUAAUCACAACAAACGUGUCUUGUAUGCUGCCCUCUAAAGGUGUGCAUAUUAUGUGUGGCUGAGUCCCCUCUUUGUAUUGGUGUAACACCUCUGCCCUUGACUCCUAAAAAGUCUAUCUUUGGGGAGGAGCACAGGAGAUAUUGCAGAGUACAACCACUGUAUCUUUUAUCUUUAAGACUAUCAAUCUCCCAUUGCAUACCCUGUGGUAUGCAGAGGAUGUUGAUGAAAGGAUAUGGUAUACUGCUGUGCCACAGACUGUUUUGAGUGUACUAGGUUGAUUGUACUGUAGCUAACUGAAGUCUUCAUUGCGCUGUGUCAUUCCACUUCCUCACAAGACCGAGCCAUAGUUUUUUAUGGGUUAUUCUAAAUUAGGUUUAGUUAUUCUAAGUUUAGUUCAGUAAGAUUAGUAUUUUUGGAGGAUACUUGAUAUUCAAACUCAAAACAUGUUGAGUUUUCAAAUUGUCUUUCUUUGUCCAGUUGUACCCUAGUGUUUUUAGGAUAUUGAUGCCUCUGACUGAAAUAACUGAUGUACCAUAUAGUGCUGCAUGAGAAUGUCCUUUGCUAAGUAUGUUUUUAUGUAGUUUGUGUGGAUCUUUCCAUUGUCUGGGACCGUCCGUACAUGUUAGGCCUAGAUUACGUUUGAACACUUAUUGACACGUUUGCUUCUGUGCCAGAGCCACAGUAUCUUAGGUCUAUUGCAGACAGAGACUUUGUGUGUUCACCAAAGAUUUGUAUGAACUGUGUACUAUUCAUUGCAUUGUUGAUGCAUUUUCCUUGUGUGUAAAGAGGCUCAUGCUUGGUGUUAUUUUUGUCAUUGCAAGGGCAAAGGUCAAUAGCUGUUGUCUGGGACAGUAGAACUAAGGCAUUGCUUGGUACUUCACAGCUGAGGGGCACCGCUACUUUAAAUCCCAAUUUACAGGCUGCUUGUUUCCCUGUUGUAUCUUCAUUUACAUCAUUUGUUGUAAUAUGUCAUUGUCUGAUUUGGAAGACAGUAAAGUAUUGGAAGAUGCACUUAGCAGAGCUACAUUUCUCAAAAUAUUGGAUAUUAGACCAUAGCAACAUAUUUCAUACCACUUGUUGUAUUUAUUUUGUCAUCACUUCACAACAUAGUAAUAAGCAGUAAGGGUCCGUUAAUUUCAGUAGGCCUAAUCUUUCUAUGUGGCUUAGAUGGCUACUUGGUCUAAUCUAGACGGCUUCCCUUGGUUAGUGAACCAAUGUUUUAAUGUAGUCAGUAUUGCACUGGCAGGCACACUAAUGCAUUAAUGUGAAUAUUGAGAGUGGCACUGUAUAAAGGGAUGAAGAUUUAAUCAAAUAUUAAGGAAUAAAAAACAUUCAUCUGAA